ACUUCAGGGCCAUGUUUACAGGUGACAUGGCGGAAAGUCGUCAGAAGACGGUUGUUUUACAGGGUUUGGAUGCAGGUAUGUUUAAGAAAAUCCUUAGUUACAUCUACUCGGGAACCCUCCAUGUGUCCCUGGACAAAGUGCAGCCCCUGUACCAGGCAGCUGACCUCCUCCAACUGGACUAUGUGAGAGACACCUGCAGCAGCUACAUGAGCAUGAACGUGGAGCGCUCCACCUGUGUGGACCUGUACAUGUUUGCUGAUGUCUUCUCUGUGGGCAUUGUUAAGCAGCAAUGUCUACAGUGGAGCGCCAGACACUUUUCUGAGUUUUCCUUUAAUGAGGAGUUUUGCAGCCUGAGUUUGAAUCAGCUGACUGAGAUCAUCAGCCACGAUAAUCUGGAUGUUAAAGAGGAGACAACUGUGUGGGAGGCUGUGGUGAGAUGGGUGCAGCACAGCAGGGAGGACAGACUGCACCACCUACCCAGCAUUCUCUCUCACAUCCGCUUAAACCUGCUGACCACAGACGACACGGCAGCCAUCUUGGAUCACCCCUUGGUCAGGGAGGAUCCUGGGCGUAAUGAGGUCAUCAGAAAUGUCAUACAUAAAGCGAAGCUCAACCUGAAGCCUAGACUUGGGAUGACCAUGGAAAUGGCGCUGCUGUACAAUGCAGCCCCGGGUUCCAACGAGCUCCUCUUCAUGAACCCUCAGGAAGGAAAGUACAUCAGCUGUAGUUACAAGCUAGAAGACCUUCCUGAUUCCACAGCCAUCACAGUCACCAGUGAUAACGAUAUCUAUAUCCUAAAAACUAUAGAAUCAGAGAAUAAGAAGCAGUUGUCCCUGUUUCAGUACAACCCUGUAGUAAACCUUUGGGAACAAUCAGGUGUGCCCUCGAUAUCUGAGAGACCAGAAGACGACUUUUCGUUGUAUGAGGAACACCUUUUUAAAGUUGAUCAGAAUUUUUAUUACCUUGCUGUUAAUGACGGUCGGUCUUUGCAGCAAAUGAGAAAGUACAACCCACGCACAAACCAGUGGCAGGAGUGUUCAGAGCUGCAGCUUGACAUGGCUUUUGAAGACGUAGCAGUAUUAUCCUGUGAUUCACACAUCUAUUUCCUUACAAACAAGGAAAUGCAUCGCUAUGACCCAGUGGAGGAUCGGUGGUGCAAGAGGACCCCACCUGGGAUCUUUCAUAGUGUCUGUACAGCUGUUGCCAUGGGAACCGAGAUUUUCUGUACAGAUUCCCCUUUCACUCACACGAUGGUGUACGACACAGAGUCAGACCGCUGGCAGAAACUGCGUGGCUGGGAGAAGCCAGGAAACCUCGAUGUUGAUGGUAGUCAAAGCCUUUUCGUACUGGGGAACCAGCUGCACAUUUUGUUAGCCUGUGAUAGCGACCUCCAUGACGACAUGGUAUAUCUGGUAUAUGUUUAUGACAGGUCUGCUGAUGCCUGGGCAAAGCUGAAUGCAAACCUCCCUAAUAAUAAUGAUUAUUAUACGUUUGGUUCUUCUUCCCCCGUGGCACGUAUGUACGUACCAUAUCUUAAGAGUACAUAAAAACACAUCACUUCUUAUUUAGUGUUAAUGUGCAGGAUAAGAACAUUUUGAGUAUAGGUUAGGACUGAAUAGCGACAAGUUGUUUAGAUCUUGGCUUUUACUGAAUGUUCUACAGUCUAUAAAUGAACUAGAUUUUAUACUUUAGUAGAAGUAAGAAGAUUUACAGAAUUGCUUCAUUUUUUCUUACUGAUAAGGGCAUAUUUCUGUAUUAUGACUGAACUGAUUUUCUGUGCCUUAAAGUUUAACAGGAGUACAUACAAUAUAACAUUACAUUGGGUGCCUUUCUAGUUAGUAUCCUAUGCCAUUUAUAAUACUGUUUGAUUAUAGAGGUGGGUGUUAUUGGAGCCCUACUCACGUAAUUAAAUGUA